UUACCAAUUUCUUUCCAUUGCAUACUCAUACAUGGCUUGAAUGUAUUGCAUCAAUAGAACGAGAUGAAGCGUGUCAAUUUUACCCAUACUCAUACGAUUUAUGGGCUGUCUGGCCAUUCUUUUUCCUUCUUUUAUUUUUUGUAUUGAAUUCUUUUCGGUUGCUGGAAAUUUGGUUGAUAGACGAAGAGGAUUUUAGUGAUUACUGUGAUGCAAUAAGAAUGAUCAAGAGCUCUUCUUUAACCUCUGUAAAGACCACGUGGAUUUGUCAUGGGUGGUUUUAAUACUACGGGCACAUGUUAUAAGAAGUCCUUGUGUCUGCUUCUGAGUGCAGGAGAAACUAGCAAUGGCUUUACAACCUUAGAUUAUUUUCAAGAACAAUUCCAUAGUUUUUUGUUUUCCCUCCUGAGUUCUUUGACAGAUCCAGUCACUAAAAAUUACAAUUCGAGUCCUUUCUUAGAGGAAACAUGAGUAUUGCAAACUUGGAAAAUUGAUAUGGUUUCUGAUUGUUAAGUUAUUUGCUUGUUCAUAAAAGAAUUUAAUUGGUUAAUUCCAAAGAAUUAAAGUAUUAGUUGGCACCUGACUACCUGUAACCAACUGUGAUGUAUGGUUAUUUAAAAUAAAUGUCUCCUUAAAUCUAACUUUAUGAGAUAUUUUGGUAAGAAGAGUGGUGUAAGGAGAAUUUAGGCUGCAGGGAAGAUCAAAUAUCUCGAGAAUGGCAGAAAUGAGUACCUUGAGGUGGUUCUGAACGAAUAUUCUUUCUCCUGAAGGUCCUUGUGGUUUUUUCUCAAGAUCCUUAGCAUCCUGCCUGGAGUGCUUUGGGUGUGCUGAGGAGUGAGGACAUUACUGAGAUUCUUGAUUAUGGAAAUGGGGGUUGUUAUGGCAAGUUCAGAGAAGCACAUUAGGUGGCCAACAGCGUACUUCUUAUCAAGAUGACUGUUCUAGAGAAGCUUACUGCCUAAGGUGGCUUUUAAAUUUUCCACAAGGCACUCCUUUAUUAGUUUGCCUCGGGGGUGAAGUAAUCAAUUGUUAAAAGAUUCUCAAACAACUUAUUGAAAGUAUCAUCUUGUGACAUUGAUUUAUAAUCAUAAUAAAUGUGAGUGAUGAGAAAAGACGUUGUAAAAUUAGUGAAUAAAAAUUAGUUAGUAGCCAUUAGCGGGUAGGGGCCUAGCCUAUAAAUAGAUACCUACUUGUAAUUUAGAUUGUGUGGUAAUAUGACUUUCCCAUGAAAGAGAAUACCAAGUGUCAUCGAGAACCUCUAGCCUCUCUGUUCUUCUCCCUUCUCUCCUUUGAACUCUCUCUCUCUAAGUCUCUUCUUCUUCCUCUUCUCUCUUCCUCUCUUCCCUUUCUGUCACAAUUACAAUCAUCUAUCAGCGGCAUAAGAGCCAGCCUAUCCUUGGCCAUGAUACGCCCUUCCUUCCAGAAUUUGAAUGACAACCAAAUGUGGCUUCGUCAGUGGGGUGGGUGUGGAAGAAUUGAAUGGAUUUUUUGGCAUCCACUCCAUUCGAUUGAAAAUGUCAGAAAAGUAUUUGGUGCUUGCUUUGUAGAUGGGCUCAAGCCAGAAAUUGCAAAGUUAGUGCAUCUCUUCAGGCCACUUGUAUUAUUGGAAGCAAGAAGUCUUGCCCGCAUGCAAGAAAUAUUGUUGUUAUAGUCUCACACAGGCUUCUCAAGGUGGAGGCUGAUCAUUUUCGUCGUUAACCUUUAAAUGCCUCAACAUGAUAGAAUCACAGGAAGUGACAAGAAAUCAAAGAAGAGUUCUCGAUGUUUGCUUGAGGAUGAGGAACAAAAUUGCACAUAGUCCCUUGCAGGGACGGAUCUAGAAAUGAAUACCUGGGGGCGCCAUAAAAAAAAGAUUACAAGAAAGUUGGGGGGGGGAAUUAAUUUUCACAUGUGGUAUAAAUAAAAAAUACCCAUUUUACAAAGAAAACUUAUAUCAUGUGCUUGCCCCCUUGUGUAUCUGUCCCUGGUCCCCAAAUCUCGUUGUAGGUUGCCCCUUUAGUUUUGUUCAUUGCAAGUCAGAGUUGAUAGUGCAAAGGCAUCCGACAGAACAACUACUUGAGGUUGGAGAGGCUUGUGGCACUUGUGCAACCUAUAUCUCAUGUCAUCACAAUUUUCACUUGAAAACCCAGCCUCCACAUGUUGGUGAGGUGCUUGAGGGAAGCUUAAGAAGGCUGCAGAACUUGGGCGGAACUCCCGAAACAGCAAGGACAAGUGAGUGUAAGGUGUGUCAAGCUCCAGGAUCUGACAGGUGGUUGAGUGUUCUGAAGUAAAAAGUUCAACCAAACAGUUGGCACAUAUCUCUUUGAAGCUUCAGUGGGUUUCUCUGGGGGUCUAUACACGUGGAAGCAUGGGUGGAAGACAGAUACGCUCCAGCUUAAGUGGGUAUUGCAUGUAUUGUCUCAUGGGUAGAUGCCAGCUAUCAUCAAUGAUCAAUUCAUGGAUUCAUAGGUCAAUUAAAAAGAUACCCUGCUCAUGGAACAUGCACAUUUUGGCAAUGUUGCUUGAACCUUUUUGGGGCGGUCGUCUUAAGUGGUUGCGUGGAAUUGCAACUUAAAUUCAUGCUUCAGAGCAUAUUGCUUGUGACAAAAAGAAGCUUUCUAUAGCCACAUAAUUUUAUUUACCAAAUAAUAUACAGAUGUCCGAAAUUGACAUGGCAGUUAUUAAACCCGAGAUGAUAAAAGCCUAUGUCUGGCUUCAGAUUUCUGAUGGUUCCGUUCAACAAGUGGAACAAGAAAUCGCAAUGUUUUGCCCUUUUAUGUGUCAUGAAAUAAUACAAAAAGGGAUGGGAUCAUCCAAGAAUUGUGCCAUAUGUCUUCCUCAACGAGUUAGUCCUGCCUUGUUAAGCUUAAUUCUUGAUUAUUGUCGAUUUCAUCAAGUAGCAGGGCGCUCAAACAAGGAACGGAAGUCCUUUGAUGAAAAAUUUGUUCGGAUGGACAGCAAAAAGCUGUGUGAGUUGACAUCUGCUGCUGACAGUCUUCAGCUGAAGCCAUUGGUCGAUCUUACCAGUCGUGCACUUGCUCGAAUAAUUGAAGGGAAAGCACCUGAGGAGAUACGUGAAAUAUUUCAUUUGCCUGAUGAUCUUACAGAGGAAGAAAAAUUGGAGCCCUUGAAAAACACAACUGAUGAUCCAAGGAUCAGACUUUUGAACCGUUUGUAUGCCAAGAAGAGGAAGGAGCUUAGAGAGCGUGAAAGGUUAAAGAAUGUUGAACUUGAAGAUGAGCAUGCAGAUGAACAUGUAGAUGAACGAUCAGUUGAUGACCUUUUGUCCUUUAUAAAUGGAAAUGAUAGAGAUCCAAAGGGAAUCAAAACUUCCAAAAAUAAAAAGAAGAACCGGAGAAAAAAAGAUCAACAGAAGAAUUCUUCUUUAAAGGAGACUUCUGAACUUAAUAAGGAGGAAUCAAAUGGUCAUGAUGUGAGAUGCCAAAGUGCUGAAGCUGAUAGAAUUGGCGAGACCUCAAAUUUACAUGAUGCGGAGAAUGUCACCCUUGUUCAUAAGGCUGAGUUUGGUGAUGGUGAUAUAGAUGAUGAGAUUGAUCCUGCACUACAGGAAAAAAUUGACAGGGAAGUGGAAGACUUUAAACGCAUAUUGAAUUCGGACUGGCCAGAGAGGAUGCAAGAACUUUUGUCGUCAUCAGGGCAAGAGAGGAAAACAAUGCUUUUUUCCACCAAUGGGACCAGUUCUCUAAGGCGACUUGACUGACUGAACUUGAAAUGAUUCCUCACAGAAUGGCCGAAUGUGGCUUUACAAUUUUGAGAGACACUGAUAGGCGUAGAAAAAUGUUGUGUCGGUUAUUUUCAUUUAAUUUAUUUUAUUCUUUAUAGUUCAUUGGUGGUGCUUGGCCCAGCUGCAGUUUGAUUCUGGGGUAUUCUCUGUAUUUUAUGGGAAUAAGGAUAUUAUUCUAAGCUUUGUAUGGGUUGCGUUUAUAUUAGAAGCUCACUGAGCCCCUUGAAUCAGUUACUCGGAACUCUGAAUAUCUAGUUAAUAUGUUUUGCCCCUUUUGUGUUGAUAUCAGAAGUAUCGAUUUUAAUUUGCCAGAAUGAUGCUUUAUGUAUGCAUGCACGUACGUACGUACGUACGUUGUGUGGGGUGUAUUUUGUGAAUAUAAGAUGGAUUAUUUUGAA